AUCGAAGGACCGCAUGAAGCUGCCGCCACGGCUUCCCAGAGAGCGGAAAUCAACUGAUCCCGCCUUCAAAAUUCCUCGGCUCCAUUAGAUUCUCAGUCGCUGACAGCGACCGGAGAAAUAAAGAAAUCAAACCCCUGGAGCCACCCGGGCUUCUCCGCCCCCAUUUCCGUCCUCUGUUUUUGUCCCGGAGCGGAUCCACUCACCACCUAAUCUCCACUUCCCCAACCCUAAUCCUAACACGCACGCAUACUCUCUCUCUCUCAUCGACAACUGCAUCGAACCGCAGUCCCACACCUCAAAGUCUGUUCCAACCAGGAUUCCUGUCUCCAUCGAUCGCAAUUUCUCCCACCAAUCUCUAUAAAUGACCUGAAGGAUCCACUCACCGCUUUUCCCAUAUGAAUACUCCUACCUCUGCUUCGGGGGAAGUGGACCAGGGAGCGGGGGAUGCUGGAGGAGCACUGGAACUGAAAGCUCUCGAUAGAGCAGUGGCGGCGGCGGCGCUGGGAGAGGUGGAAGGCGGUGAGGGAAGUAUAGAUAUGGAGGCGGAGAAGAGGGUAGCGGAGGAGGGUGAUCGGCCGAUGGAUGUUGGGGAUUGGCCCCAGUCGUCUCCGGCUACUGUGUUUCGUAUUCGGCUCAAGCAGCCGCCCGCUAAUCUUCGACAUAAGAUGCGAGUUCCCGAGCUCUGCCGCAACUUCAGUGCGGUUGCUUGGUGUGACAAGCUGAACGCUGUUGCUUGUGCGUCGGAGACAUGUGCAAGAAUCCCAAGAUUGAAUUAUGUUUAUGCAAUGGGAAGGAGAAGGAUCAAGUUCUCUUUUCCAAUUAGUAAAGGCUCUAAUGCAACACUACCAUUUUGGGUACCAAUCCACAUUUUAAAUCCUGAGAGACCAACAGAAUGUGCAGUAUUCAAUGUUAAAGCUGAUUCCCCACGAGAUUUUGUUCAGUUUAUUGAAUGGUCACCGAAGUCUUGUUCUCGUGCACUGUUGAUAGCUAAUUUUCAUGGCAGAAUCACUAUAUGGACUCAGGCAUCACAGGGUCCCAUUCAUCUUGUUCGAGAUGUCAGUUCUUGGCAAUGUGAACAUGAAUGGAGGCAAGAUCUUGCUGUUGUCACUAAAUGGUUGUCAGGAAUGACAGCGAUUCGUUCACUGCCUUCAAAUCCUAACAACUCGUCUAAUAUGAAGUCGACUUUUGAGGAGAAGUUCAGUACACAUCAACCUCAAACUGCAGCAAAAUGGCCAAACUUCCUUUGUGUUUGUUCAGUUUUCUCAUCAGGGUCCAUCCAGCUUCACUGGGCACAGUGGCCUCCUCCUGAAAAUGGUGAACCACAGAAAUGGUUUUCAACAAGCAAAGGACUUCUAGGAGCUGGACCAAGUGGUAUAAUGGCUGCUGAUGCCAUCAUUACUGAAGCAGGGGUCAUGCACGUUGCUGGUGUUCCUCUUGUUAACCCAUCGACUGUUGUUGUAUGGGAGGUUACACCUGGCCCUGGGAAUGGCUUUCACGUGGCCGCUAAGCUAAAUACAACCUGCUCAAUUUUUCCUCCAUUGAGUCCUCCCUGUUGGACAGGCUUUGCACCUCUUGCAGCAUGUUUGUUUAGUUUGCAAGAGUAUGUAAUCUCUCUAGAAAAGCAAGGAAAGAAGCAAACAGAUCAAGAGAUAAUUGAGGCUGCACCACUUCACUGUUCUCCUGUUUCUAAUUUUUCUGCAUAUGUAAGCCCUGAAGCUGCUGCUCAGUCUGCAGCAACCACUACAUGGGGUUCUGGAGUUACUGCUGUGGCUUUUGAUCCAACAAAGGGAGGGUCAAUGAUUGCAGUAGUAAUAGUUGAAGGUCAGUACAUGUCUCCAUAUGAUCCUGAUGAGGGCCCUUCGAUAACGGGAUGGAGGGUCCAGUGCUGGGAAUCAUCUCUUCAGCCUGUUGUUUUACAUCCAAUAUUUGGGAAUCCUUCUAGUUUUGGGGGGCAACCGCCCAUGCAAACAGUAUGGUUAACUAGAGUUAACAAAAGCAUUCCACCAACAGAUGACAUGGCAAAUCCCCAACCAUGCACUUCUUCGUCGACCAUCUCUGAUGAGAGGAAUUCAUCUGACAGUAGCAUUGAGAGGGCAAAAAGGCUCAGCUUUGACCCAUAUGACCUUCCAAGCGAUGUGAGGCAGCUAGCUCAAAUAGUUUAUUCUGCGCAUGGUGGUGAAGUUGCUGUUGCUUUUCUUCGUGGUGGAGUCCACAUAUUCUCUGGUGCAAAUUUCAAUCAACUUGAUAGUUACCACAUCAAUGUUGGUUCAGCCAUUGCUACACCUGCCUUCUCAUCUAGUGGCUGCUGCUUGGCCUCAGUUUGGCAUGACACAAACAAAGAUCGGACAACCUUGAAGAUAUUUCGUGUUCUUCCUUCAGCUGUUUCCAGCAAUCAAGCUAAAGUUAGCUCGGCUGCAUGGGAACGUGCUAUUGCAGACAGGUUUUGGUGGUGUCUUUUGUCUGGUGUUGACUGGUGGGAUGCCAUUGGCUGCACCCAGAGCGCCGCAGCAGAUGGUUUAGUUUCUUUGAAUAGCGUGAUUGCCGUGUUGGAUGCAGACUUCCAUGCUUUGCCUUCAAAUCAACACCGACAGCAAUAUGGCCCAAGCCUUGACAGGAUAAAGUGCAGACUUCUGGAGGGUACAAAUGCUCAAGAUGUUAGGGCACUUGUUCUCGAUAUGCAAGCAAGAUUGUUGCUUGAUAUGUUGGGCAAAGGAAUUGAGUCUGCUCUUAUUAAUCCGGCGACAUUGUUACCAGAUCCUUGGCAUGCUUCUGGUGAGACAUUAGCAAGCAUUGAGACAGACAGAAUGGUUGUUGACCAAGCUUUGGUACCCAGCAUCCAGGCUUAUGUUGAUGCUGUUUUGGAUCUUGCCUCACAUUUCAUUACACGCCUGCGGCGGUAUGCUAGUUUUUGUCGUACCUUAGCUAGUCAUGCUGUUGGGGCAUCUUCUGGAUCAAGCAGUGCUCGCAAUGUUGUGGCAAGUCCACCCCUCUCUUCUUCAUCACCAGCGACUAGUCAAGGUAGUCAGAGUGGAACUACUACCACAAGUGGUAACUCUCAGAUGCAAGCAUGGGUGCAAGGUGCCAUUGCUAAGAUCAGCAACACUGCUGAUGGAGGAUCAUCAACAACCACACCAAACCCAAUCAGUGGCCCUUCUUCCUUUAUGCCAAUUAGUAUAAAUACCGGAACAUUUCCUGGAACACCUGCUGUUAGGCUUAUUGGGGAUUGUCAUUUUCUUCACCGACUAUGUCAGUUGCUUCUAUUUUCCCUUAUCUUUCGGCGAAGGCACACUACCACUAAACUUGCUAUCAGUGCUGUUUCCAAAAUAGAAGAUGGGCAGGCUCGCACGGGACAAUUGGUUGCUGGAGCCAAAGGUCUCGAAGAAGGUAACCAAGGCAAGUCUAUACGGCUAGGCUCUGGAAAUGCUGGACAGGGAUAUACAUCAGAAGAGGUGAAGGUACUUUUCCUCAUACUGGUAGAUCUUUGCAGAAGAACAGCUCCACUGCAGCACCCGUUGCCCACGUCGCAAGUUGGGUCGAGCAAUAUAAAUAUACGGUUGCACUACAUUGAUGGGAAUUAUACUGUGCUACCUGAGGUGGUCGAAGCAUCUCUAGGACCCCACAUGCAGAAUAUGCCUCGGCCUAGAGGUGCUGAUGCUGCGGGUCUUUUACUUCGUGAGUUGGAGCUACACCCCCCAGCAGAAGAGUGGCAUAGACGCAACAUGUUUGGCGGACCAUGGUCAGAUCCUGGAGAUGCUGGUCCUUUGGAUUACGCUGCCAAGUCGAAGCUCGCUGGUUCAGAUCCUUGUGCAACUAAAUUAGCCGAGAACAACGAUGACUUUUCUGGAAGCCAGUGCCUCUGGCCGAGGAAACGGAGAAUGUCGGAGCGAGAUGCAGCUUUUGGUCUGAAAACAUCGGUCGGAUUGGGAGCUUGUCUUGGUAUAAUGGGAUCUCGUAGGGAUGUCGUUACUGCUACAUGGAAGACAGGACUUGAGGGUGUUUGGUACAAGUGCGUCAGAUGUUUGCGGCAGACUUGCGCAUUUUCUCAGCCUGGCUCUCCCCCUCCAGAUAACGAACGGGAAGCAUGGUGGAUUAGUCGCUGGGCUUACGGUUGCCCUAUGUGUGGUGGGACAUGGGUCCGUGUUGUUUAGUUUUGUAACUUCUAUCUUCAUUUUCACAUAAAUUUUAUACGGACAGAUUGUUCUAGAGGAUAGGC